AUGACCCAUCGCGGCGCCACCGGUGCCGAUGCCCGCGAUGGUGACGGAGCCGGAGUCAUGACGGGUAUCCCGCACGAGUUCUUCGUGCGCGAGGCGCCUCACUCGUUCGAGGCCAAGAUUCCCGCCGAGGGCACGUACGCCGUCGGCAACGUGUUCCUGGACCCGCAGGACUGGGAGGCGCAGCAGAAGGUCUUCGAGGAGGUAGCGUCGAAGCUUGGUCUGCGCACGCUCGGUUGGCGCCACGUGCCGACCGACAACUCGAUCCUCGGCCCCGCCGCGAAGAGCAAGGAGCCGCGUAUCAUGCAGCCCUUUGUGGUUCUCCGCAGCCACUACGGCGACGGGCUCGAGAGCGCCGACGGCGAGUUUGACGAGCAGUACUUCCAGCGUCAGCUCUAUGUCCUGCGCAAGCAGGCGUCGCACCGCAACGACAAGUUUUACAUUUGCUCCCUCACCCCGAGCAACAUCGUGUACAAGGGUCAGCUGUCUCCCGUGCAGGUCUACAACUACUUCCACGACCUGAACCAUGCGUUGUACUCGUCGCACUUUGCGUUGGUGCACUCGCGUUUCUCCACCAACACGUUCCCGUCCUGGGACCGCGCGCAGCCCAUGCGCUGGGCCGCCCACAACGGUGAGAUCAACACCGUCCGUGGCAACAAGAACUGGAUGCGUGCCCGUGAGGGCCACCUCAAGUCUGAGAAGUUUGGCAACGAGCUCGAGCUUCUCUACCCUAUCGUCGAGGAGGGCGGUUCCGACUCGGCCGCCUUUGACAAUGUUCUCGAGCUCCUCGUCGUGAACGGUGUUCUCACGCUUCCCGAGGCUGUCAUGAUGAUGGUCCCCGAGGCAUGGCAGAACAACGACCUCAUGGAGCCUGAGAAGAAGGGCUUCUACGCCUGGGCCGGCUCCAUGAUGGAGCCCUGGGACGGUCCCGCGCUUUUCACCUUCUCGGACGGCCGCUUCUGCGGUGCCAAUCUCGACCGUAACGGUCUCCGUCCCUGUCGCUACAUUGUCACCCGCGACGACAUCAUGAUCUGUGCCUCCGAGGUCGGUACCAUCUCAAUCGACCCCGCCACGAUCACGCAAAAGGGCCGUCUCAAGCCCGGACGCAUGCUCCUCGUCGACACCAAGGAGGGUCGCAUCGUCGACGACCGCGAGCUCAAGAUGAGCGUCGCGAAGCGCCAGCCGUUCCAGGCCUGGUACGAGUCACAGGUGAUUCAGCUGCCCGACGUGGUCCGCCGCGUCCAGCGCUUCGAGGACAUUGGUGUCAAGCUCGACGCCUCGCCUCUUGCGUCUGACCCCCGCGUGCUCGCCUUUGGCUUCACCCUGGAGCAGCUCAGCAUGCUCAUGAUGCCCAUGGUCAACGAGGGACACGAGGCGCUCGGUUCGAUGGGUAACGACGCCGCCCUCGCGUGUGUUUCCAACCAGGCCCGUAGCAUCUACGACUAUUUCCGCCAGCUCUUCGCGCAGGUCACCAACCCUCCCAUUGAUCCCAUUCGUGAGGCCAUCGUCAUGUCGCUCGAGACCAUGGUCGGUCCCGAGGGCAACCUGCUCGAGAUGCGCUCGAGCCAGUGCCACCGCCUGCACCUCAAGUCGCCCAUCCUCACCAUUGAGGAGAUGAACGCCAUCAAGAGCAUCCAGACCAGCACCUCGGACUGGAACGCCAAGGUCAUCGACAUCACCUUUGACAAGGGCGAGGGCCUCCCCGGCUAUCACGCCGCGCUCGAGCGUGUCCGUCAGCAGGCUCUCGAGGCUGUCAACGAGGGUUACAAGAUUGUCAUCCUCUCCGACCGCCUGACCGGCCCCAACCGAGUGCCCCUUUCGGCUCUUCUCGCUACUGGAGGCGUGCACCACCACCUCGUCAAGCAGAAGAAGCGCUCCGACAUUGCCAUCAUGGUCGACACGGCCGAGGCGCGCGAGGUCCACCACAUGUGUGUCCUCGUCGGCUAUGGCGCGGACGCCGUCUGCCCCUGGCUCAUGAUGGAGAUGAUCCACAAGAUUGAGCGCGAGGGCAUGGCCAAGGACGACCAAACGGCCGAGACGCUCAUUGACAACUACCGCAAGGCCAUCAAUGAGGGUAUGCUCAAGGUGCUCUCCAAGAUGGGUGUGUCGACGCUUGCAUCGUACAAGGGUGCGCAGCUCUUCGAGGCCCUCGGUAUCCACAAGGAGGUCGUCGACGAGUGCUUUGUCGGCACCGCUUCGCGCGUGCAGGGCGCGACCUUUGACCUGCUCGCAAUGGACGCGUUCGAGUACCACGAGCGCGCAUGGCCGACGCGCGCCAUCUCGCGCAUCCCCGGCCUCCCCGAGUCGGGCGAGUACCACUACCGCAACGGCUCCGAGAAGCGCAUCAACGAGCCCGCCUCGGUCGCUUCGCUGCAGGACGCGGUGCGCCAGAAGAACCAGGCGGCGUACGACUCGUACUCGAAGAACUCGCACGAGGCGAUCAAGGCCGCAACGCUCCGCGGCAUGCUCGACUUUGACUACGACAAGGCGCAGAGCGUGCCCAUCGACCAGGUCGAGCCGUGGAACGAGAUUGUGCGCCGCUGUGUCACCGGCGCCAUGUCGUACGGCUCCAUCUCGAUGGAGGCGCACACCACGCUCGCGAUCGCCAUGAACCGUCUCGGCGGCAAAUCGAACACAGGCGAGGGUGGUGAGGACGCCGAGCGCUCGCUCCCCAUCCCCGGUCCCGGACAGGGGCAGGAGGGUACUCCCUACCGCCACUCGAUGGAGCUGCAGCCCGAGUGGGACUCGCGCCGCUCGUCCAUCAAGCAGGUCGCCUCGGGCCGCUUCGGCGUUACCUCCAACUACCUCGCCGACUCGGACGAGCUCCAGAUCAAGAUGGCCCAAGGCGCCAAGCCCGGAGAGGGCGGUGAGCUCCCAGGCCACAAGGUCUCGGCCUCUAUUGGUCGCACGCGUCACUCGACGCCUGGUGUGACGCUCGUUUCGCCCCCGCCUCACCACGACAUUUACUCGAUCGAGGACCUGAAGCAGCUCAUCUACGACCUCAAGUGUGCCAACCCCCGCGCCCGCGUCUCUGUCAAGCUCGUCUCUGAGGUGGGCGUUGGCGUUGUUGCUUCUGGCGUCUCGAAGGCCAAGGCCGACCACAUCGUCAUCUCCGGACACGACGGUGGUACCGGUGCGGCUAAGUGGACUUCCAUCAAGUACGCCGGUCUGCCGUGGGAGCUCGGUGUCGCCGAGACCCACCAGACGCUCGUGCUCAACGACCUCCGUGGCCGCGUCACUGUUCAGACCGACGGCCAAAUCCGUACCGGACGCGACAUUGCCAUCGCCACUCUGCUCGGCGCUGAGGAGUGGGGCUUCGCGACCACUCCGCUCAUCGCCAUGGGCUGCAUCAUGAUGAAGGCUUGUCACAAGAACACUUGUCCCGUCGGUAUCGCGACCCAGGACCCCGAGCUCCGUGCCAAGUUCGCGGGCCAGCCCGAGCAGGUCAUCAACUUCUUCUACUACGUCAUUGAGGAGCUCCGCGCGAUCAUGGCCAAGCUCGGUAUCCGCACUAUCAACGAGAUGGUCGGUCGCGCCGACCUCCUCAAGGUCGACGAGUCGCUGCGCACCCCCAAGACGGCCCACCUCGACCUCUCGCCGAUCCUCACUCCCGCCAAGCCUCCUCGCGAGGGCGUCGCCACUUACCGCGUGCGUCCCCAAGACCACCGCCUGUAUGUUCGUCUCGACAACAAGUUCAUCGACGAGGCCGAGCCCGCGCUCUCCAAGGGUCUGCCUGUUGAGAUCGACUGCGACGUUGUCAACACUGACCGUGCCCUCGGCGCUACGCUCUCGUACCACGUGUCGAAGCGCUACGGCGAGGCUGGUCUUCCGCGCGAUACCAUUCGCAUCAACAUGAAGGGUUCGGCUGGUCAGUCGAUGGGUGCGUUCCUCGCCCCUGGUGUCACCAUUGAGCUCGAGGGCGACGCCAACGACUACGUCGGCAAGGGUCUCUCUGGCGGCCGCAUCAUUGCGUAUCCCUCCAAGAAGGCGCAGUUCAAGGCUGAGGAGAACAUCAUCAUCGGCAACGUGUGCUUCUUCGGUGCCACUAGCGGCCAGGCGUUCAUCAGCGGUAUCGCUGCCGAGCGUUUCGCCGUACGCAACUCUGGUGCCACUCUCGUCGUUGAGGGAACUGGCGACCACGGUUGCGAGUACAUGACUGGCGGUCGUGUUGUCGUCCUUGGUCUCACCGGCCGCAACUUUGCCGCCGGUAUGUCGGGCGGAAUCGCCUACGUCCUCGACAUGUCGCACUCGUUCGCGCCCAAGGUCAACAUGGGCACGGUUGAGCUCGGCAAGGUCUCUGACCCGCAUGAGAUCGCCGAGCUCCGCUCGCUCAUCGAGGAGCACCGCCACUACACUGGCUCGGAGAUUGCCGAUCGCGUCCUGCGCAACUUCCACCACUUCCUGCCCAUGUUCGUCCGCAUCAUGCCGCUCGACUACAAGCGUGUCCUCGAGGAGCAGGCAGCCGCCGCGCUCGAGGAGAAGAAGAAGCAGAGCCACAUCGACCUCAUCCCGUCCACGACCGCUUCGCAGGUCGACCUCGCCGCCCCCGGCGUUGACCCUGUUCUGCCCGGUGCCAUGGCGCGCCUCCGCCUCAACAAGCCCUCGGAGACGGACACGCCGCACACGACGCCCAACUCGCCCCGCCUCGAGCCCGCCGUGCUCGACAUGGAGGACGCGAUGCUCGACGAGGACCAGUACAAGGCGCGCGCGAGCAAGCUCGACAAGGUCCGCGGCUUCAUGAAGUACAAGCGCCUCAACGAGGCGUACCGCCCCCCGCGCAAGCGUGUCAAGGACUGGAAGGAGAUCUCGAACCGCCUCUCCGAGGCCGAGCUCAAGCAGCAGACCGCCCGCUGCAUGGACUGCGGCCUGCCGUUCUGCUCCGCCACGAACGCAGGCACCGGCGGCGGAUGCCCCAUCUCCAACGUCAUUCCCAAGUUCAACACGCUCGUCUUUGAGGGCAAGUGGAAGGAGGCCUGGGAGCGUCUCAUGCUCACCAACAACUUCCCCGAGUUCACUGGUCGUGUCUGUCCCGCCCCUUGCGAGUCGUCAUGCGUCCUGGGCAUCAACGAGCUCCCUGUUGGCAUCAAGUCUGUCGAGGCCGCUAUCAUCGACAAGGCUUGGGAGAUGGGCUGGAUGGUUCCCAACCCUCCGCCACAGCGUACCGGCAAGAAGGUGGCGAUUAUUGGCUCAGGACCCGCCGGUCUUUCCGCCGCCGACCAGCUCAACAAAGCCGGACACCUCGUCACUGUUUACGAGCGCUCCUCUGUCAUCGGCGGCAUUCUUAGUGAAGGCAUCCCGAACAUGAAGCUCGACAAGGCCGUGGUCAAGAGGAGAGUGCAGUUGAUGGCCGAUGAGGGCGUCGAGUUCGUGACGGACACAGAGGUCGGGAUCAAUGUGGAGGCUUCCGCGAUCAAGGCCGGUCGCGAUGCUGUGAUCAUCGCUACAGGCGCGACCAUCCCUCGAGACCUCAAGAUUCCUGGCCGCGACUCUCAAGGCGUGUACAUGGCCAUGGACUUCCUUACGUUCAACACGAAGUCGCUGCUCGCUUCGAACCACGAGGACGGCAACUACAUCAACGCCAAGGGCCUUGACGUCAUCGUCAUUGGAGGAGGCGAUACCGUCCGCCACGGUGCCAAGAGCGUCAUCAACUUUGAACUGCUUCCGCAACCCCCGACUGCGCGCGCCAGCAACAACCCUUGGGAGGUCAUGGCCUACACCCAAAAGGAUCCGAGAGAGUACUGCGUUCUCACGAAGCGCUUCAUAUCCGACGACCAGGGCAACCUGACUGGCAUCGACACGGUUCGCGUCGAGUGGGAGAACAUCAGCGGCCAAUGGAAGAUGGAAGAGAUCAAGGGCACCGAGAAGACCUACUCCUGUCAGCUUGCACUGCUCGCCCUGGGUUUCCUCGGGCCUCAGAAGGAGGUCGCCGAGGCAUUCGCCGUCAAGCAGGACGCUCGCACUAACAUUCAGACGCCUACUGGGGGCUUCUCUACUACCGUGCCAGGAGUUUUCGCUGCAGGCGACUGCCGUCGCGGACAAUCCUUGGUAGUAUGGGGCAUAAACGAUGGGAGACAGUGCGCCGAAGAAGUUGACGCUUUCCUCAUGGGCAGCACUCGCCUCCCACACCAGGGAGGCAUCCCCGGCCGCUCCUGGGUCCCUCCCCGCGCCAGCAAGACUCCCGGCCAGGCGAACGGCAACGCAAGCGACUCGGACUCGGGUCUUGAGCCGGAGGUGGUCUCCAAGUCCGACGCCGAGUCGGACGGCUUCAGCGCGGAAGCCGAAAGCGAGGCAGUCGCUGCCUGA